AUGACCAACAUUCAAAACAAGGUCCACCCUCUCGACGACACCAAGGUUACGUAUUCCUCAUGGGUAAAGCUUUUCAAACUACACGCAAAAGCUUACAAGGUUCUUGAUCACAUCGACGGCACGACUGCGCCAAAGGAAGGCGACGAUGAGUAUGAUUCAUGGCAAGAGAUCGAUGCCCUCAUUCUACAAUGGAUCUACCCCACGCUGUCCGACGAAUAUUUGGUUCGGGUUCUUGAAACCGACACUACGGCGCGAGCCACCUGGGCCAAACUCGAAGGUAUUUUUAUUAACAAUAAAGGCUCUCGAGCUACAACUCUUGAGCAUGACUUUACGAAUCUCACACUUGGAGCCUGUGCAUCCCUCGAUGAGUACUGCCAAAAACUUAAAGACAUUGCCGACCAACGAGGCGAUGUCGGAUUUCUGGUCAGCGAGCCACGGCUUGUUAUGCAACUUGUUCGAGGCCCACCGUCCGAGUAUGAUGUUACCGCUGCACUCAUCAAUCAAACCUCCCCUACAUGGGAUGAAGCUCGCACCAGUCUACAAAAAGAACAACAACGCCAAGCCGCUCGCCAAAACAACAAUCAGUCGAUACUCGUUACCACCAUGGUUCCCGCUGCUACCACCACCGAACCACCUACACAACCUAACAACCCACCCGUACCCAAUACCGCCCCUACCAAUCAUAAUCGGUACCCACCAAACUUUUAUGGCCCGAAUCGUCCUCGAGGCCGUGGUCGCGGCUACCGCGGUGGUCGUGGUCGGGGUUAUCGGGGACGCGACAACUAUCCUAAUUCUCACUGGAACCAACCUUCACCCAACUAUCAUCCCACUUACGGCCCACAGCAACCUCCACCUCUUUUUCCCUCCUGGAACACACCGCCCACCCCAUACCCCUCACAAGCUUGGGCCCCUAAUCAACCCCUUCCUACUUACCCCCAAGCCCAAUACAACCAGGCCCAUCUUGCUUAUCAACAGGCCCAAAUGCAACAACUAACCUAG